GAUGCCUCCAUGCCCAUUGCCAUUGUUGGCAUGGGUUUUCGUGGUCCCGGAGAUGCAACCAGCGUGGGGAGAUUAUGGACGAUGAUCGUCGAGGGACGGGAAGCCUGGAGUCCGAUCCCGACAUCCAGAUGGAAUCCUUCCGCCUUCUUCCACCCCGACCAUGCCAGGCACGGCACAAUACAUGUCGAAGGUGGUCAUUUUCUAACCGAAGACAUAUCGCUGUUUGACGCGCCGUUCUUCAACAUGACAGGAGACGAGGUAGCGGCCAUGGACCCGCAGCAGCGAUUACUUCUCGAGGUUACAUAUGAAGGAUUAGAGAAUGCUGGCAUCCCCCUGUCCAGAAUCAUGGGCAGCCAAACAGCCUGCUUUGUCGGCUGCUUCAAUGCGGACUAUACGGACCUUCUCCUUCGAGACCCUGACUCCAUUCCCAUGUAUCAAUGUACCAAUGCCGGCCAGUCCAGGGCUAUGACUGCCAAUCGCAUAUCAUACUUCUUCGACCUGAAAGGGCCCAGUGUGACCAUCGACACGGCUUGCUCAGGGAGUCUGGUGGCUCUUCAUCUCGCGUGUCAGAGCCUUCGGACUGGGGAUGCCUCUAUGGCCAUCGCAGCGGGUGUCAAUGUGAUACUGAGCCACGAAUUCAUGUCAACCAUGACCAUGAUGAAAUUUCUCUCGCCUAAUGGACGCUGCCGCACUUUUGAUGAGAACGCUGAUGGGUAUGCGCGGGGUGAAGCCAUUGGCUGUUUGAUACUCAAGCCAUUGAAGGAGGCUGUUCAAGAUGGUGAUCAUAUUCACGCUAUCAUCCGAGGAUCAGGGUCUAACCAGGAUGGAAGAACACCCGGAAUCACGCUUCCUAGUGGUGUAGCACAAGAGGCUCUGAUACGUCGCGUAUAUCAGAUGGCAUGUCUCGACCCAGUAGAUACCGACUUCGUCGAAGCACAUGGCACUGGGACUCAGGCCGGUGAUCCAAUUGAGACAGAGGCUUUGGCCCGUGUUUUCGGGCCAGGAAGGACCGCAGAGCGACCGCUGCGUAUUGGCUCCAUAAAAUCAAAUGUCGGUCACCUAGAAGGCACCAGUGGGGUGGCUGGUGUCAUCAAAGCAGUGUUGAUGUUGGAGAAUCGCAUGUUUCUACCAAAUCGGAACUUCAACACCUUGAAUCCCCGGAUCCUGCUCGACGAGUGGAAGUUGAAGGUUCAACUCGAAUGCGAGACUUGGGGCACAUUAGGUCCACAUCGUGUCUCUGUUAACAGUUUUGGGUACGGUGGCAGCAACGCUCAUGUAAUCCUGGAAGACGCUUGGGGAUAUAUGUCCGACCGUGGACUGAUAGAGAUAGCCCGGCCACCAGUAUCGUGCGCCGUCGGGAAUCACAUCAAGCCCUUGGAGGCUCAUCGAACUCGCGUCUUCUUGCUGUCCGCCUUCAAUGAAGACUCGAUUACGGCACACACUCGUCGCCUACGUGCAUAUAUUUUAGAAAAAGGCCCAGGAGCAGACGAUGUGUUCAUGAGUAAUCUUGCAUAUACAUUGAAUGAGCGUCGUACUGCGCACUUGUACAGAGUCGGGGUUCUGGGUAGCUCCGCUGCCGACGUGGCAGAAGCCCUGGCGGGAGCGGCAAAAGUGUACAAAGCUCCUCGCAGGCCAAACGUUGGAUUUGUCUUCACUGGUCAGGGAGCGCAAUGGUGCGGAAUGGGAAAAGGCCUUAUGGCUGCAUACCCAGUCUUUCGCCAGUCCAUCCGCAGGAUCGACUCCUAUAUGGCGAGAAUUCACGCACCCUUUCGUAUUGCUGAUAUACUCGAGGCACGGGAACAUGCCCAGCUCAGUCAUCCUGUUUACAGCCAGCCAAUUUGUUCCGCUUUGCAAAUAGCCCUGGUUGAUCUUCUGGCCUCGUGGGGAAUCCAUCCCGACUCCGUAACCGGGCAUUCAAGUGGCGAGAUAGCUGCGGCUUAUACUGUUGGCGCUCUAAAUAUGGAGGAUGCCAUGGCCGUUGCCUAUUAUCGCGGUGUCACGGCUGGAAAUUUGCCCACAAAUAACAACCGGGCCAAAGGUACCAUGCUCGCCUUCGGGAUGUCUGCGGAUGAUGCCCAGCCUUAUAUAGACCAGUUGCAGUCAGGCAAGGCCACUGUGGCUUGCAUUAAUAGCCCAAAUAGUGUUACAAUUUCCGGUGAUGAGGCAGCGAUCCAGGAGCUGGAGGAGCUAAUCCGCGACAAGGAAGUCUUCAGUCGUCGCCUAGCUGUCGAAGUUGCCUAUCAUUCCCAUCAUAUGGAGCCAGUGAGCCACGAGUACUUGAAAUACAUUUCGCAUAUCAAACCACGGAGUGAAAGUGAGAUAGCUCAGUGCCUGCCCAAUCGAUCAGUGGCAUUUUUUUCCUCUGUCACUGGCACGGAAUUCAGGCCUACAGAGCUAGGACCGCAAUAUUGGAUCCAAAAUCUCCUUGGCCAGGUGAAAUUUUCCCAGUCUCUACGGACUCUUUGUUUUGAAACCCGUGGUAACAGGAACAACCCCAACCCGCUGGGUAAGAGGCGAUCCAAGCGAGCUGGUACUGCGCGCAAAGUCAACGUUGACUUUUUGGUGGAGAUCGGCCCGCAUGCAGCAUUAUCAGGUCCGAUAAAGCAAAUUAUGAAAGGAGAUAGCAGAUUAGAUACAGCAGAUAUUACGUAUGCCAGUGCUCUGGUGCGGAAACAUCAGGCGGUCGUAACUAUAUUGACCAUGGUUGCAACACUGGCAUGCUCUGGGCUUCCCGUCGACUUCCGCACGAUCAACGAGCCUGACCCGUCAUAUGAGCCUCAUCUCAUAGUGGACCUUCCCUCUUAUCCCUGGAACCAUUCUCGGUCUUAUUGGGCAGAGCCACGGUUGAGCAAGGUGUUUCGGAACCGCAAAUACCCCCGUACAGACAUUCUUGGUGUGCAAGACAUCAUGUCGAGCCCCUUUGAGCCCCGGUGGAGGAACAUUAUACGUGUAUCCGAAAUACCUUGGCUUAUGGACCAUAGGAUUCAAUCCAAUAUUGUAUACCCUGCCGCUGGAUACAUCAUCAUGGCAAUUGAGGCAGCCUCCCAAGUUGCAUCUGUCAAUCCCGGUGGCACUAUCACUGGGUUCUAUCUGCGAGACAUUUUGAUACGGUCGGCCCUUGUUCUUCAAGAAACUUCUGCGGUCGAGGUUAUAAUCUCGUUGCGGUUAUCUGGGGAUGACGGUUCCUUUCAGGGCCCGUUAUAUGAGUUCCAUGUAUAUUCCGCGACUGAGGACGAUCGAUGGACGGAACAUUGCACCGGGGUUGUUGGCGUUAGAAGCCUUUGCACACGCCCUAGUGCCACAACAAGCGAGUCCCAGAUGGGUAUUGCAUCCGACACGUGCGUCCUUGAUGUUCAAGCAUUUUACGAGAAUUUGGCCAGUGCUGGACUUGAUUACGGGCCGUGCUUUGCCAACAUAACCCAAGCCUCCUAUACCGACGCGGCUUCCUUGGCGGAAAUCACCAUCCCUGACACUGCCGCAGUGAUGCCCAUGAACUUUCAAUACCCUCAUCUCAUUCAUCCAUGUACAUUAGACGGUAUUAUACAUUCAUGUUUUAUUAACACUGAUAUGACAGGAAGUCCAGCGAUUCCUGUUCGCAUCGAGGAGAUAAAUAUUCGGGCCAGUAUGGAAAAUGCGGCUGGAAACAAGCUCGGCGUGCGUACUUGGAUCACCAAGGAAACAAAAGGCGAAAUUGUGGCUUCUAUCGCUGUUGCGGAGAAGGACAAAACGAUCGCAGCUUCAAUCACCGGGCUUCACUGUCGACGGAUCGAUCAAGGUUCAACGAACCUUCAAAUAGCGAGACUCGCAUACAGGAUCGAAUGGAAAGCCGACCCAGACAUGACGUCGGUGGAGUCCCUCUCAAAUCUCGUGAAGGUUUUUACUAUGUUGAACGAUGAAGAUCUGGAAAGAGAGAGGCUGUACGAGGAUUAUGCUCUAUUCUAUCUGCGAAAAGCAAUGAUUGAUUUGGGAGACAUUCACUUCGAAGGCAUCUCUCCAUUUAUAAAACUUUACCUUGAGAGUUUGGAAUGUGAUGGGAAACGGGUAUUGACAAGACCUAUCUCAGAGCUUCAUACUGAGUCCGCAGAACUACCAGGGCCUGAGGGAAAGGCACUGUGCACGAUGGGCCAUAACCUUCCGGCAAUACUCCAAGGGCAGUUUGGUGGCCCGACUGUUUCCAAUGACCAAUCUCUGUGGGACGCCUACUGGGAAAGCUCGCUCCGGGAUCCAGUCUACGAAAGUAUUUCCAAGUACCUAGAUCUAGUCAGCCAUAAGGAUCCCAUGGUAUCGAUACUUGAGAUAGAUGCAGGGACAGGCCUAUCCUCGUGGAGGUUCCUACGGCAACUUGCGCACUCAAGCAAUAGCCCUCGAUGCAGCCGGUACAUUGUUACCAGUCCAGACGAAACGGUGUUUGAGACGGCAGCUCAAACAUUAUCCAUAUGGAAACGCUGGAUCACUUUCAAGAAACUGGAUAUUACCGAGGACCUAAAAUUCCAGGGGCUUGGUGAUCUGGCGUAUGAUGUUGUGAUUGUUCCUUAUGGCCUACACCGGGUCAGAUCUAUUCAAGAUGCUCUUGAAAACAUCCACUCGCUGCUCAAACCCGAUGGUCAUCUGAUUUUGGUCAACUCAUUACAAAGCCCAGUGGACGUUAUUCUGUUUGCCGACCGGGGAGAGACAUGGAUCGAUAAUCGAGCAACUUACUCCAACGAUGACUGGGACAUGUCUCUGAAAGCAGCUCGAUUCUCAGGCAUAACCACUUUAGUUGAGUCUGGGGGGCGGCGUUCCAUGAUUAUCUCACGGCCUGGACAUGAGCAUGUUCCUUCUCCCGCGGAUAUUCUCUUGAUUACAGAAGACGACAAUGAAUUAUCUGCCCAUCUACAGGACAUGCUUCUCUCCACCUCUCUGGCUGUGGAAGUUACCAGUCUCCAACAUGCCAACCCGGUGGGAAAGAUUUGUAUCGUGUUAUGUGACCUCAACACAUCGACACUAGCACAUGUCCACAAAGAGAUAUUUGCAGCCAUUAAGCGAAUCUUUUUGGAAGCAUCGGGUGUGCUGUGGGUCACACAAGGGGGGACAAUGUUGUAUAGCAAUCCGGAUGUAAGCCUGGUCACUGGAUUUGCGCGGACAGCUCGCUCGGAAUCUGCAGUUCGACGUAUAGUGACUUUGGAGUUGGAUAGACGGGAUUCUUCGAACACGAACGACGUUGCUGGUGUCAUUUAUCGUGUCAUUGAGCGCCACUUCUUGAUGGAUGAGCCAACUCCAAUCGAUGAUGAGUAUGCAGCCCGGGAUGGCUUGUUACUUCUUCCUCGAAUCAUAGAGGACGCUGCAUUGAACCGAUAUCUUGCCACCUCAAACGACCAAUACAUUCUUAAAGAUGAAUAUUUCCAGCAUGAAAGGCCUCUUCAAGCAAUAUACGAUAGUGCUUCUCGCCCACAAAAGGUCCGCUUCGUCGAAACCAUACGUCCCGACCUUGCGACAGAUCGUGUGCGCAUCAGGGUGCACGCCGCUGAUCUGAAGCAACGAGAUGCACAGGCUGUAUUCAGCACUGCUACUGGUCACAUGCUGGGAUCCAGUUGCAGUGGUAUUGUCGAGGCCGUGGGGAAAGAGGUCCAUGACUUUGUCCCCGGAGACAGGGCGGCUGGUCUUGGGGACGGAACAGUGGCAAAUGUGUAUGAAGAUCGGAAGACGGCGUUCUACAAGAUGCCACCAGACAUGUCGUUUGAGUCAGGUGCAGCUCUACCGGAGACCUAUUGCUCGGCAUUUUAUGCCAUCCAUCAUUUGGCUCGCAUUCGUGCGUCAGACAAAGUCCUGAUAUGCUUGGCAGACAGCACCAUUGGAGAGGCUCUGUUGGAGUUAAUUUGUCUACAAAAUGCCCACGUUGUCCUCCUUGUCGACACGGCAGCUGACAGGGGCCUCUUGUCAACUUCAUACGAUAUUCCUAAGGACCAGAUACUGUUUCAUGGGGAGACAAUUGUCGCCAAUGACAACGCCCAACUGUCUGGGGUGGCGGGAUUCGAUGUCAUUGUGAACUGCGACUCCUCCGAUAACCGAACCUAUCAGUCUCUGUGGAAGUAUAUCAAUCGAUCAGGGCGGUUUCUACAACUCUCCGACACACAGUCCAUGAAUGGUUCUAACUGGGCACUGCCCCGUUCCCCGGGCGAUGUGAUGUUUGCAUCAUUCAGCCUCGAUAGCGUUCGAAAUAUGGGUUCAGACUUCGUGGAUCAAAUUUGGAAACAAGUCGGUGGCCUUUUACGCGGUGGAAAACUUCGGGGUCCUGUAAGCCCUACAACAUACGCUAUAUCCGAGAUUGAUGAAGCCUUGGAUGCACUUGUGUCGGAUCAGCCGGCGGACCUGAUAGUUCUUUCAGCCGGGCCGGAGGAUCUUGUUCAGGUCAUGCAACCGAAGCAAUCAGACACAUUCCUCCAGUCCGACGCCUCCUACAUGCUCGUUGGAGGACUGGGCGGCAUAGGGAGAGCGACCGCGCUAUGGAUGGCUGACCACGGCGCCAGAACCCUGAUCUUCGUCAAUAGGAGCGGUCUGUCCCACGUGCAGUCCCAGGCCACAGUUCGUGAGCUAGCAGAGAAAGGCGUUCGUGUUUUUGUACAUGCUGUCGACAUCUCCAACAGCACCCAGGUCGAACAAAUGAUCUGUGAGCUAGCACAUACAGCGCCUCCAAUUCGCGGCGUCAUUCAAGCAGCCAUGGUCCUCCGUGACAUCCACAUUGAAAAAAUGACAGUCGAGGACUACAAUGCCGUCCUUGGCCCCAAACACACCGGCACCUGGAACCUCCACCACCACCUCCCAAAAGACCUCGACUGGUUCAUCAUGCUUUCUUCCAUCAGCGGCAUCAUAGGAAACGCAACACAAGCUGCCUACGCCGCCGGCUCAACCUUCAUGGACUUAUUCGCCGCGUACCGCAACUCCCUUGGUCUUCCGACCGUCUCCCUCGACCUCGGCGUCAUAACCGACGUCGGCUACCUAGCCGAAAACACCGAGCUCGCAUCGAAGAUGGCAAAGCAAGGAUUCCAAGGCACAGGCACACCUACCCUAAUGUCUCUCAUCGAAGCCGCCAUCACAUCAGCACUGGACCACCCAGCCGGACUCGAACCCUUUUCCUCCCAGAUCAUCACCGGCCUAGGAACCUGGAACCCAACCCACUCGCUCCCCAACUUCGACUCACCCCUCUUCGCCCAUUAUCGUCGGUUAUUCAUCGACCCAACCGAAGAUACCACCACCACGGACUCCUCCCCCGAUACCAUCCGAGACAGCCUACAGUGUACCAAAUCCCUCGACGAAGCAUCAUCCAUCAUUUACUCUGCUCUCAGCACGCGAAUCGCCUCUCAUCUCUCCAUCCCCAUCGACCGAAUCGACCCCAACAACCCCAUAACCGAAUAUGGGAUUGACUCACACGUCGCGGUUGAUUUGCGCACCUGGAUCCUGAAGAACAUCGAAAGCGCGGUCUCCAUCCUGGAGAUCUUGUCCAGUGGGUCGUUAAUGGACUUAGCUGGGAGGAUUGCGGAGAAAUCGGCUUUGGUGAAGGUGAAGGAGGAAUGACUCGUCAUGCGUUUCAUAAUUAUUCUAGCUUUUUGGUCUUGAAAGAUUGAUUUGCGUCAUGUUUGUUAGUUUGUGUGUUGUGAAUUUACUUAUUUGUCUUUCCUACUUGGAUUAUCACGAGUGGAGGUAUGGGAGAUUGUGAUCAUUUUUUAUCUUCUUUUUGCUAUUUACCUCGGUUGAAUCAAAUUUACUCAAGUCGUG